CCGGGGCCCGGCACUGGGGCUCCCGGGAGCUCCCCCUCCGGACGGCGCUCGGAGGCAGCACCCCCGCGGGGCGGCCCCGGCAAGUCGCCCGCCCGCCGCCCACGUGCGUGGAGAGGAGCGAAGCGCCGGGAUCGCAGUCGCCGCCACCGCAGGAGCCGCGGGUGCGAGCCUAGCCCGGGAGGCCCGCGGGGGCCGGUCGCCGGAGCCCCGCAGCCACGACCCGCAUUUGAGUAACUCGGCUCCCCCGUCUCCGCUCUCGGACUCGCGGCUGGAGAUGCGAGUCGGGCUCCUCUCCGAGGCCGAGGCGUCGUCUUGCCAGUGGCCAGCGCGGGGGCCGCGGGGCCGGCCGGAGCGCAGGCGGAGCGGGCUGGCGCACGUGCUGUCUGACAACAUCUACCCGGUGGAGGACCUCGCCGCUACGUCGGUGACCAUCUUCCCCAAUGCCGAACUGGGAGGCCCCUUUGACCAGAUGAACGGAGUGGCCGGAGAUGGCAUGAUCAACAUUGACAUGACUGGAGAGAAGAGGUCCCUGGAUCUCCCAUAUCCCAGCAGCUUUGCACCUGUCUCUGCACCCAGAAACCAGACCUUCACUUACAUGGGAAAGUUCUCCAUUGACCCUCAGUACCCUGGUGCCAGCUGCUACCCAGAAGGCAUCAUUAAUAUUGUGAGUGCAGGCAUCCUUCAAGGGGUCACCUCGCCAGCUUCUACCACAGCUUCAUCCAGUGUCACUUCUGCUUCUCCCAACCCAUUGGCCACAGGACCCCUGGGCGUGUGCACCAUGUCCCAGACCCAGCCAGACCUGGAUCACCUCUACUCUCCACCGCCACCGCCGCCGCCUCCUUAUUCUGGCUGUGCAGGAGAUCUCUACCAGGACCCCUCAGCGUUCCUCUCAGCAGCCACCACCUCAGCCUCCUCCUCUCUGGCCUAUCCUCCACCUCCUUCCUACCCUUCCCCCAAACCAGCCACAGAUCCAGGCCUCUUCCCCAUGAUUCCAGACUAUCCUGGAUUUUUUCCAUCACAGUGCCAGAGAGACCUACAUGGUGCGGUUGGCCCAGACCGGAAGCCCUUCCCCUGCCCCCUGGAUUCCCUGCGAGUCCCCCCUCCACUCACUCCACUCUCUACCAUCCGCAACUUUACCCUGGGAGGCCCCAGUGGUGGGGCCACAGGGCCAGGAGUCAGUGGAGCCAGUGAGGGGCCCCGGCUGCCCAGCAACAGUUCAGCCGCUGCAGCUGCUGCCUAUAACCCACACCACCUGCCGCUGCGGCCCAUUCUGAGGCCCCGCAAGUACCCCAACAGACCUAGUAAGACCCCAGUGCACGAGAGGCCCUAUCCAUGCCCAGCGGAAGGCUGUGACCGACGCUUCUCCCGCUCUGAUGAGCUGACCAGGCAUAUCCGAAUCCAUACAGGGCACAAGCCCUUCCAGUGUCGGAUUUGCAUGCGCAACUUCAGCCGCAGUGACCACCUCACUACCCACAUUCGCACCCACACCGGCGAGAAGCCCUUUGCCUGUGACUACUGCGGCCGCAAGUUUGCUCGGAGUGAUGAGAGGAAGCGCCACACCAAGAUCCACCUGAGACAGAAGGAGCGGAAAAGCAGCAACCCAUCGUCAUCCAUGCCGGCUGCCUCCACUGCCUCCUGCACGGGUGGCACCCAGGCUGGGGGGGCCUUGUGCAGCAACAGCAGCACGAUUGGCGGGGGGCCCCUCGCUCCGUGCUCCUCUCGGACCCGGACACCUUGAGAUGAGACUCAGGCUGACACUCCAGCUCUUUGAGGCCUAGGAGGCCCUUUGUCCACUUAAACUGCACAACAAACACUACCACCCUUUCCUGCCCCUAGCUUGCUUCCUUGGGCAGAGGGCUUUGGUGGAACCCAGCACGGCCCCCUUUUCCAGUUAAAAGCAAGUCCUCCUGAAAACUUAGUCCACUUUAGUCUCUCUUAGGUGAGUUGACUAUCAACGCAGUGUGAUGGGGAGGCUCAGAAGGGAAUUGGGGGUGUGUGUGUGUGUGGGGGGGAGCCUUGCAUAGAGGGCUGAGAUCUGACCCUGCUGGAAAGGCUUGUUUAACUAGAUUUUGUUCCUCCUCCUCUUUAGUUUUGGAUGACGACAUGUUUUUUUUUUUUUUUUUUUUUGACUCAGAAUUGAUUUGAGACUUUCUACAGUAGGUUGGGAGAUGCUGGUCCUUUCAGGUGGAGACAGCAAAAAGACAGAAGCCAAACUGAUGUGCACUUUAUGGCUUGGGACUGAUUUGGGGAUGCUGUACAGUGAAUGGAGCAGGACCUUUAUGCCCUAGAACAGUGAAUCGAAGCUCAUCUAGUCGUCUUAACCCUUUGAGCAAUAUGUAUUAUAAACCUAGAGAACAGAAGUGCAAUGCGAUGAGAGGGACAUAGCAAUAUCUGCUCCUUUUUGAGUUGUUUGAGAAAUGUAAAGACUAUUUUUUCAGUGUAUAUCCAUUCAGAUUUUGUGUAUUUUUGAUGUGCACUGUUCUCCAAGUUCUGAACCUUUGGGAAAAAAAAAAGCAUUUAUGAUCUCUUGAAGUGAGUCAGAGGUUAACUUAUUUAAAAGGGGGAUGUAAAUAUAUUGUCUCAAACUUGGAUGCAUGCAGUUGUGUUGAAAGUGUCCUUUGGUGCCUUGUGUGAUGUAGACAAUGUUACAGGGUCUGCAUGUAAAUGGGUUGCCUUACUAUGAAAAAGAAAUAACUCCUUGGCUUUAGUAUGGCUGUAUAUUUCUGCAUAUUAAUAUUUGGAAUUUUUUUUUAGAAAGUAUAUUUUUGUAUGCUCUGUUUUGUGACUUAAAAGUGUUACCUUUGUAGUCAAAUUGCAGGUUAAGAUGUAAAUAAUCGUACUGGAGCUGACUUGUUAGGUUAUUAGCUCUUAAUAGUUGUGAAAAUAUCAGUGAUUUAUUCUAACACAUAACCACUAACUGAAGUUCAGAUAAUGGAUGGUCUAUGAAUAUAAUGUAAAUAAAUACUUUACAACAAUA